AUGGAGAAGAGUCACAAGACUCCGACUAAAAAGAAGGUGAUAACAGUUAAGUCUGUGCGGGACUAUUGCUUCUCGAAGAAACUGAACUGUGUAAGCACUGGGGAGAGUCUGGGAGUAACAGCCAACCUGACCCAGUACCUGUUCGCACUAGGAUCUCCCCCGCCGCCGAAAAACUCAAGGGCGUGCUCUCCAGUUGAAAAUCUUCUCGAAAGAACGAGUAGCGAAGAAUCUUCCUCUUCCGGAAGAUCUCUCUUUUCCACUUCAUGUUCUGAUGACUACGCUGAGCUCAAUGCUAGAAGACUCUUCUAG